AUGGUGUUAAUACUUACACGUAUUUAUACAUUAUUACAACGACCAAAUAAAAAUACAAAUUCAUUAAAUAAUGAACAUGUUAAUAAAGAACAAACAAUAAUUGCUAGUUCAUCAAUAAUAUCAUCAUCAGAUAAUAUUCUUAUUGAACUUGUUGAAGAAUUAUAUGCACAUACAAAACAAUCAUCAACAUUAGCAUAUGAAGCAUUACUUUUAUUACCUAAAGUUAAUGAAUGGACUUUAUUAUCAAUGACAAAUAUUGCACAAAGAAAAAUCACUAUGUUUUUAUUGAUGUUAUCACGUUUCAGUGUUCGUUUCGAAGAAUCAGGCAAUCGUUUAUUUCUUAUUGCUGAUCGAAAAUAG